AUGGACUGGGAAGGGCAGGAGGAGAAGAGGGAGGCCGCACCGGCGUCGACAGUGCGCCGAUCGGUCACCAUCGAUGUGUCGGACAAGGUCCACCUUGAGGCCUCCCUCGCCAAGCCCAAGCUACCACCGCCCAACAAGAACCACACAUCAUCCUCAUCUUCUGCUGCUGAUGAGGCCGGACGAGAAGGCGGGGAGGGGCGAGAAGCGUACUAUUAUCACAGCAACAGCAACAGCGCCGAGGCGCGUCGAAUCAGGAAUGCGAAGGUGGGCAUAGUGAUCACCCAUCCGCAUCCCAUGCUGGGCGGCAACAUGCACAACAACGUAGUGGUCUCCCUCUUCAAGCGUUUCGCACAGGAGGGCUUCUGUGUGGUGCGGUUCAACUUUAGAGGCACGGGCCGCUCCACCGGCAGCAAGACCUGGAGAGGGAGCGGGGAGAGGGAAGACGUGGUGGCCGUCUGUAGAUAUUUGCAGUCCGAGUGCGGCGUGGAGGCGGUGUACCUGGUCGGGUACUCCUACGGUUCGGCCAUCGGCUGCUCCGUUGUAAAUGAUGUGGAUAUUAUCAAGGGGUGCAUAGCGGUGUCGUAUCCCUUCGGCGUGUUGACGUGGAUAUUGAUGGGCCACCUCCUGAACCUGGCCAAGACGGAGAAGCCCUGCCUCUGGGUGAUCGGCACCGAGGACAACUUCACCUCCGUCUCUCGGUUCCGACAGAGGCUAAUCUUCAAGGACAGUGUGAAGCCGUUGGCGCUGAUGGGCCUGGCGGAGGAGGAGGACUUCACGAAGCGGAAGAAGGCGGAGGAGCAGUCGUUGGGGGAAUCGAACCCGUACACGGCGGAGUACUUCCGGGACCGGACCCAGACGACGGUCGUGGUGCGCGGGAUGGACCACUUCUGGUUCGACGACGAGGACGUGCUGGCCGACAUCUGCGUGGCCUGGGUGCAGGCCCGACUCGCCGACCUCGAGGCGGCGCGGGAGCAGCCACUGGAGAGCGACGAUGCCGCCGAGCACCACCACCAUCACCACCACCACCAGCAGCCUCAACAACGACAACGACAUCAGCCCAACGGGCAGAAGAAAGACGACCUCUCCGAAGAGAGCCACAGCAGGCUCUGA